GGCGGGGCCGGGGGGUGGGGCGCCCGGAGCAUGGCGGGGCCGCUCUGCCGGGCGGCGCUGCGGGCGGCGGCGACGGCCGGUGCCUGCGGGCUGGGCGCCGUCUCGCUGCUCCUCUGCCCGGCUCUGCGCCGCCUCGCCCGCCGCGCCGCCGCCGCGCUCAUGGCCCUCGCCGGCCCGUUGCUGUUCCGCGUGGGGUACAGCCUGUAUGCCCGCACCCGCCUCGGCUACCUCUUCUACAAGCGGCAGGUGAAGAAGGCCCGCGAGCGCUACCCGCAUGGCCACUCCGUGUCCCAGCCCGUGGGCUUCGGCGCGGUGAAAAUCCUGCCCAUUCCUGUGCUCUCCAACAACUACAGCUAUCUGGUCAUCGACACGGGCUCCGGCCGGGCGGCUGUUGUUGACCCCUCUGACCCGCUGGCUGUGCAGGCUGUCAUUGAAGAAGAGGGGGUGCUGCUGGAGGCCAUACUCUGCACCCACAAACACUGGGACCACAGCGGGGGCAACGCGGCGCUCCGCCAGCAGCACGGCUCCUGCAAGGUGUACGGCAGCGCCCGCGAUGCUGUUCCCGAGCUCACCAACCCCCUCACGGACAAGGAGUGGGUGAGCGUGGGCUGCCUGCGCUUCGAGGCUCUCGUGACGCCCGGCCACACCGUGGGCCAUGUGGCAUACGUGCUGGACGUGGCGCCCUUCGGCGGACCACCCUGCCUCUUCGCCGGAGACCUCCUCUUCCUCGCCGGCUGUGGCCGGCUCUUCGAGGGCUCCCCCGAGACCAUGCUCGCCUCCCUGGACGUGGCCGUGGGGCUGGGAGAGGACACGCUGCUGUGGCCGGGCCACGAGUACGCGCUGGAGUGCCUGACCUUUGCCAGCCUCCUGGAGCGGGACAACCCCGCGCUGGAGCGCAAGCUGUGCUGGGCGACGCAGCAGCGCCAGGAGAAGCGGAGCACGCAGUGCCCCUCCACCAUCGGGGAGGAGAAGAGCUACAACCCCUUCCUGCGGACGCACCGGCGGGAGCUGCAGGAGGCCCUGGGGCUGACGCGCCGCAGCGGCGAGCCCUGCGACGCCUUCCGCGCCCGCGUCCUCAGCGAGGUGCGGAGGCGCAAGGACCUCUACAAGGGCACUUAGCCCCGCCCCGCGCUGCUGGGCCCGGGGGCGCAGGGGCACCCCCGGCCCCGCUGAGUUGGGCUGUGAACCCCCCUUGUGUGAGGCAGGGCUCGACCGGGGGUGUCGAGCUCUGGGGCGCGAGAUGGGGCCCGUGAUCCCCCCCCACCUUUGCUUCCCACACCUAGGGGUCCCCAGGCAGCAUUGAGAAGCCCCUGGACCCCCUUUUCUAAGAAGCUGUAGCCCCCCCCCCCCAUGCUGGGGCUGCAGGGAUGGCACCAAGGGCUUCUCCUCUCCCUCCCCCCUCCCUGGUUUUUGGGGAGUCCCUGAUUCCCCCCCCAGCACUCAGGACCCCCCCUUUGCUGGGGUCCCCCAGAGCUGUGCGUGUCCUUGGGGGGCUCCCACAGCCCCCGGCUGCCCCAGCAACGGGGGGUGCCCCAGUUUUACCUCUAGGUAAGGAGCUCUUCCCUAAGGCCCCUGUGUCUCCCCCAUGCUGGAGGCCAGAGCCCCCCCCCCACCCCAUGUGCCCACAUGGGGACGGGGGGCCAUGGCAAGACCCGGCCAUAUGGCCCCAGCCCGGCCUGACUGGGAUGGGGAGCGCGACGUGGGGUUAGAGCCCGACAUGGGGUGUGGGUGCAUGGCGCUGCUGCGCUGCAGGGGGAGAUCCACCCCCCCGACCACCCCAAUAAAAGUCUGGAUCUGGUUUGUA